AUGGGCAAGCUUUGGGUGCCACAUGCAGAGCGCGUGUGGGCGCCCUGCCGCUUGGAGAGCGAUGAUGGCCAGACGCUCACACUGAUCUCCGAGGACGGCGAAGUCCUGCAGUGGGCGGCGAAGAACGCCGUCUCCCUGGAAGCAGUUCAGGACUGUCAGCUAGAUGGCGUGGAGGACGUCUGUACCUUGCCCGCGGUGUCGGAGGCGGCUCUGCUGCACACCCUGCGCGUGAGGUACUUUAGGGAAGAGAUCUACACCCGCGUGGCCCGCAUCCUCAUCUCGGUGAAUCCUUUUCGGCCUCUGCCCAUCUACGGGGCGGAGUGGCUUCUCCGACACCAGCAGCCCCGUGACUCUCGCGAGCUGCCGCCGCACAUCUACGGCAUCGGCCACGACGCACUUCAGGGCCUGGCGGCUGGCUACAAGGACCAGGCAAUCGUCAUCAGCGGUGAGUCUGGAGCCGGGAAGACAGAGUCAGCCAAGUAG